UUUCCAGUACUCAAUUUCCCGAGCUACGUUAAGCCGACCAUAUGCACUCAUCUGUUGUUGAUCUGUCUGAUUUUCGAAAUUGAACAUUGAGAAGUAGGAAUCGGAGAAGUGGGAACCAAUAAUGACUUUUGGUCAAGUUGUAAUCGGUCCACCGGGCUCGGGGAAGACCACUUACUGCAAUGGCAUGUCGCAGUUCCUCCAACUCAUCGGAAGGAAAGUUGCUGUUAUCAAUUUGGAUCCUGCAAAUGACUCAUUGCCGUAUGAAUGUGCUAUUAAUAUUGAGCAUCUUAUUAAACUCAGUGAUGUGAUGAUUGAGCAUUCACUUGGUCCUAAUGGAGGCCUUGUUUAUUGCAUGGACUACUUGGAGAAAAAUAUUGACUGGUUGCAGUCCAGAUUGGAGCCUCUUCUGAAAGAUCACUAUCUUCUAUUUGAUUUUCCUGGCCAAGUGGAACUAUUUUUCCUUCAUUCAAAUGCCAAGAAUGUUAUGAGCAAACUUAUAACAAAGUUGAAUCUUAGGUUGACUGCCAUCCACUUAGUAGAUGCACAUCUCUGCAGUGACCCUGGGAAAUAUGUGAGUGCGUUGCUUCUUUCUCUCUCUACCAUGCUACAUCUGGAACUUCCCCACAUCAAUGUUUUGUCAAAAAUUGAUCUCAUUGAGAACUAUGGAAAGCUAGCUUUUAAUCUUGAAUUCUACACAGAUGUUGAAGAUUUAUCGUACUUGCAAUAUCAUCUUGAUCAAGAUCCUCAUUCUGCUAAAUACAGGAAACUCACAAAGGAGUUAUGUGAAGUAAUAGAAGACCAUGGUUUAGUCAACUUCAGUACAUUGGAUAUUCAGGACAAAGAGAGUGUGGGGACUCUCGUGAAGCUGAUCGAUAAGAGCAAUGGGUAUAUAUUUGCUGGCAUAGAAGGGAGUGCGACUGAGUUCAGCAAAAUUGCUGCUGGUCCUGUUGACUGGGAUUAUUAUAGAACAGCAGCAGUGCAGGAGAAGUACAUGAAAGAUGAUGAAAAUUUUGAUUCUGAUGACUGAUGGAGAAAAGGUUCAUUUUUUACAUUAGAGAAUGAGAUUUCACUGAUCUGAGUAGCAGUCUAUUACUGGCUAUUUUGAUCAUUACUAUUUAUGUUAGGGUUUUAUUUUACUUUGAUUUUUGUUUUGUUUUGUUUUGUUUUUAUUAUUGUCGUUUGGUAGCUUUAAUGUUUGGCUCCUGGAAAUGCACUUUUGCAAUGUAUUCAGCUGAAGUGUUCUUCACAUGCAUGAUAAAUGUCUUCAGCUUACAUACCAAACAAAAUGUCAUCAGCUCAUGUUCGGUUCUGGAAUGCUUGACCGGUGCCUUUUAUCUUCAUGAUUGGAUGUGUGCAGCUAUAUCUAUAUCAAGACUUGAUCCUUAUAAUUACGGAUAACAGACUGCUAAAAGUUGAAACUCUGUUUUGGGUUAGUGACAAUCAGUGAGUCAAUCUUUCCUUGAGUUAUGAUAAUUAUAUGGUUGGUAGGUAGUUAUUCACAGCAGUACUGGUUUUGAUGUGUAUAUACACAACUUUCAUGUUAAAAGUUCUUGUGAAAUUUUGGUGGCUUCAUUCAAGACGAUGAAAAUGGAUAUUACAUAGAUUUGUGUUUGCCA